AUGGACAUCGAAGAGUUUCGCAAAAGGGGUCAUGAGACGAUCGAUAGAAUUUGCAAAUACUAUCAGGAACUCGACAGCUAUGAUGUUUUGCCCAAGGUCGAGCCUGGAUACCUAAAAAAACUUUUGCCCCAAGAAGCACCCGAAGAUCCUGAAUCUUUUGACGCAAUUCAAUCGGACAUGGAAAGUAAAAUCAUACCUGGUGUUACACACUGGCAAAGUCCGAAUUUUUUUGCCUUUUAUCCGGCUAGCUCGUCUUUUCCGACAAUAUUGGCAGAUAUGUACAGUGACAUGCUCAAUUGCAUAGGAUUUAACGUGAGCUCUUUAUCAUCACCUCUUCUUUGUUGCGCCAUUGCUUUUUUCACUCAUUUGAUUAUGAUUUGUCGGAAGUGGAUUUGUUCACCCGCCUGUACCGAACUUGAAACCAUUGUACUUGAUUGGUUGGCAAAGCUGAUUGGCUUGCACAGCGAUUUUCUGAGUGAAGGAAAAGGCGGUGGAGUGAUUCAAAGCUCUGCCAGCGAAGCGACUCUGGUGACCUUGCUUGCGGCUCGACAACGCCUGUUAAACAAAUACAAAGCGCAAGGUUUAAGCGAAGAUGAAUUAUACGAAUUAUCGACGCGCCUCAUCGCCUAUGGGUCUGAACAGACUCAUUCGCGUCUCGAAAAAGCUUCGAUGAUAGCGAACACACGUUUUCGGAUUAUUCCGACGGGUCGAAACUUUUCGAUCCGAGGAGAGACUGUGAUGUUGGAGAUAGAAAACGAUGUUAUGAAUGGGUUAAUUCCAUUUUACAUCGUCACAACAGUCGGCACAACAAGUUCCGCAGUAAACAGCAUUUCCGACAUUGCAAAUGCCAUUGAAGGAACGAGCGUGUGGUUACAUGUAGACGCUGCACACGCUGGCUCAGCCUUAGUGUGUCCCGAGUAUCGACAUUAUCUUGAUGGAAUCAAUCGAUCAGAUUCAUUCGAUUUCAACAUGCACGAGUGGCUAUUGACCAACUUUGACGCCUCGUGCUUGUGGGUUAGAAAUCGAAAAUACCUGAACGAUGCACUUUCGGUUAAACCCGAGUUUUUAAGAAAUCCGGCUAGCGAAAGCGGACUGGUUCUAGAUUACCGCGAUUGGGAAAUACCGGUGGGCAGGCGGUUCAGAUCUUUGAAGAUAUGGUUUGUUUUACGUUCUUACGGCGCCAAAGGCUUGAGGGAACACGUUCGAAAGGCUGUAAAAUUGGCUCAGCGAUUUUUUCACGGAAUCUUACGUCACCCCGAUCUCUUUGCCAUCUCUGCACAGCCAGCUUUUUCCCUUGUUUGCUUUCACGUCAAGUCUAAUCCAGAUACACCUUAUUCCUCUAAUCAACUCACCUCGAAGGUGUAUGAUCGUGCAAAUGAAACGCGUCAGAUCUACCUCUCGCGCACGGUACUGCAUGAUCAGGAGGUCAUACGGUUUGCGGUGGGAAGUCCGUGGACAACGGAGGAACACAUAGACAAAGCAUUGGAACUAUUGGUGAAGAUCACUAGAGAUGUUGUCCGAGCAUGA